AUGGAUGGCUUUUCCAUCGCUGCCACCUGCUUUUCACUCGCUGGUGGGAUUGCGAAAGCGUCGGUAGUCCUUGUCGAUUUCGCACGAGACGUCCGCGAUGCCGCCCAGGACCUUGAUGACGUUCUCGCGGAGCUCCGCGCUCUUGCCUCUGUCCUCAACCCCCUCGCGCAAAGCCUCACCCGAACAACCCUGUCGUCGAUCCCCGAGCAGCUCGUGCUACAGGUCGAAAGCACACUCGGUGGCUGUACCGCCGUGGUUGAGCAAAUCGACGAGAAUGUGCACAAGUACAGGAGGAACAACAUCUUUACCAGAGUAGAAUGGGUAAUGUUUGGGCAGGGCGACAUGCGGAAGCUGCGGGACAGCCUUGAGGCAUACAAGAUGGCGUUGAGCCUCGGAAUCCACGCCAUAUCUUUGACCACGACCCAGGCUGUGAAGGAAGAUACAUUAGCAAUUCGCGAGUGUGCCCAGGCCAUCAAGGUGAACACGGAUGACAUCCUCGCCCGCGUCAACAGUAUCCGCCACAGUCGCCUGCCCCACACGCACCAGAGGGUGGAGGAGUGGAUUGAUGACAUGAACGUUCUCAGUUUAUACGCCGAAACGUCCUAUCAAGGAACAGUUGCGGACCUAGCCGACAUCCCAUCUAUUACCGAGAGCUUACCAAGGCUCCCAGAAGAAAUAACUCCACCGGCCUCCCCGGAGACUAGGCUUGGCAUAAUAGAAGCCGUUGCGGUACCAAGAGACGCCGAAAAUGUGGAUCCCCUUUCUCGGCAAACUAGCUGGACCACCCAAGAGACAAAUCAGCCAGCUUUGUCCAUGCAUGCCAAAAUUCUUCAGUCAAAGGCGGCCAGCUUCCGAGUAAUCACCGGCACUUUGCUGAUGUAUGGGACCCAGAUGAUCAUGAUGGACCCCCGCACGAUAGCCAACUCUCUGAGGCUGACAAAGAACAUCUGCCCGGUACACAGCGCGUCGCAAGAAGAGUCGUGGACUUUUUCAGAAGACGAGGAAAGGCCAGGGCGGGGCUGGGCCAGGGGCCGCCUGAACAAGUCGAGCAGCACUGAUAAUUCAGAUUAA